CCCCUAACCGGCCCCACUGGGGAAGAGAGAGACUCCUUCUCUUGGGUGGUUGGGAAAUGCCCUCCUGGUUUUUUCCCCUCACUUCAAGCUUGAAAGGGGAGCUGGUGUCACCCUGGCUGGGCAGUGAAUUUUCAUCCUCCUUCGCUAAGAAUGGACUUCCAUAAAAGCCCCGGGCAGGACAGAGAUGGGUCAAACGGAGGCUGAGCAGACACAGCAAACAGCCCUUGCAACGGACAAAAAUCUUGACGGAACCCACGAAAAAGUACAGGAGAACUCCGCUACGGAAAUGGACCCAGACUCCAGCAGUAGGAUCCGUGAUGUCCCACAGAACACAGACUCCAAAUACCAAGAACGGAACGGAGACAGAACGGUCUCACUGGGAGAACAGGAGACGGAGGUCACGGGAGAUGCGUAUUUUGACUUUGGCCACUAUCAUCAGAAGAUCGGAAAUCGGCAGGAAACAAUCCAUUUCUCGGAAGAUGGACGUAAACCCACGACAAAGGUCAUAAAUGGAAAAAGGGACGUCUGGACACCAUCUAUGGACAGGGAAUCCAAGUUGGAGGUGGUGAAGACAGGGCCGCUGUAUGACGUCCGGGCUUAUAAAGGGGAGAAGAAACCCUCCCGACUUUACGAGGAGGAUGAGGGAGAGUUGUAUUAUGAGCUGCCUCCCGAGAACCUCUCGCCUGAGAAAGCCAAAGAGCUGGAAGAAGAAAGGCAAGAGAUUAUCAGGAGUCAAGCGAUGAAGAAGAGCACUACGAUAGCGGAAAACGUGGACAAGCUGGGAACUCCAAGCCCAGCCUCGCCCAGUGCAGAAAAGGCCGAGACCACAAGAAGUCAUUUCAUGGGGUUUGCGGUGUGUUUCAACAAACCCUCCCUGGGAUGGGUGAAGACAGUUAUUGACCCUGAAAACAUAGAUACGGAGCAGAUCAAUUUCGCUGCAGCCCGACAGCAGUUCUUGGCCCUGGAGAAGAGUAAUCCAGACUUGAUCUUGGGACCAAGGAAGCAGGUUAUGUCUCCAAGGUUGCCAGUGACCCAAAAUGUUUACGAGAGAGAGCGUCAGGGCCCCCCUCCAGUUCUGAAGGAUGAUGAAGAUGCUGAUGGGCCUGACCAGAGAAAACCAGACCUUCCUAGUGAGAACGUUAGAGUUAUUACCCAAGGAACAAGGCCUGUUUCUGAGGGGAAAGCUGUGAUUUAUCAAAACUUUUCCGGAGAAAAUCCAGAUUUGGGGGGAACAGGCUGCGAUUUAAGGAUUGAGGCUAAUAACAGAAGACUACCCCAGAAGAAAUCUGGAAAUGCUCCAGAUUUGGCGGCUGAUGGCCAAGAUCCUGCUGAAGAGCUGGAAGUCAAGGAUGAGACCCCCAUCGAACGGGAAAUCCGCUUGUCCCUGGAGAGGGAAGAGAACCUUUGGCGGGAGAGAGGGAUUCGGCGAGCGAGCAGCCAGGACGAGCUGGUCGAGAUCCGAUCCAAACCUCUCCUCUGGUCCCCCCUCUCAGCCACGGCUUCCUCCAGGAAAGGGAAAGAUCGAGCGAGUGUUUCCUUUUACGUCCAGAGGGAGAUCGAGCAGGAAACCAAACGUGAGGAGGACCUGCAAAAGGAAGGGAGGCUGCCCGGAGCAUAUGACAAGGGGACUCCGCAAGAGCUCAGGGAACGCAGGAAAGUCUUUGAGCGAGAAGAGACCCUGCUUCCUUCUGCACGCAAACCAGAGCACCUGGGAGGAGUGCAAGAGUCCACUCCAGAGUGGCCUGCCCAUCCCCACACUGCUGAUGAUGAGGAAAGGGUUGUUCGCCGGGAUAUGAGUCAAAGUUCUGCGGCCGCCCAGUCAUGUCCUGCGUCGCACACCAGGCUGGGGAACAAACCCAGCCAAAGCAGCCAGGGGGAUUCUCGCAGGCCCAAACUCCUAAGCAUGAAGGAGGCCUCAGACCCAGACGCGCAACUGGUCCUGCGGAAGGAACAUUUUGGGGUUCCAAUGCGGAGGCCCGAGUUGACUUCUUUGGAGGACCCACAUGCCAGGAGAGCAGGAGGAAGGCCCCAAAGGGUUGCCCCACGGGAAGAGCUAUAUACUCUGAAGACAGGGAAGCCCCGAAUAUCGCUCUUGAUUGACCAGGAGAUCCAGGAGGCUCUGAAAAGAGAAGAGGAGCUGCAGGAGCGAAGGAGGAAAGGGAGGUUGGCCAGCAGUGGAGGUGCGGAGAAGGACGAGGAGAAGGACUUCUGCUCUCGCCUGCAGUCUCCAAGCUCAGCGGCUCCGGCUGUUGCGGGCAGUUCCUUUGUCUCCAGUCCACCCAUCUUUGCUCCUGGUUGGCCCACAAGGUUGCCGGCUUCGCCUUCUUUGUCCCCAGGAAGGUUUCCCUCAGAAUCGGACAGCAAGACUCACCAUGGUCUGAAGCCAACCCCAAUGGAAGACGACAAGAGGAGAAGGGAGCGAGAAGAAGGGAAGUAUGCUGGCAUCGAGCCAACGGAUGAAAUUGACACUGAGGUUGUGAAUUCCACCAAAGUGGUUCGCCGUCGAGGCGUGAGAGCUCAGCUCUGGGAGGCUGGCCAGAUUCUCAAACGAGGAGAAGAAGACUCCGAGCCGGAGCUGCCGCUCUUUGACUUCUGAGGAGGACCUCAGCCUGCCCAGCUGCCACAGGGUCUGGGAAUCGGGAUCUGCUGGACGGCUGCCUUGCGUUGGUGUUCUUGAUUCUCUGCUCCCGCUCCCUGACAUUCUUCUGCGGCUCAGCCUACUUCAGGCUGUUUUCUCAGACCCCAGCGGCCGGCCGGAUCCAAGGACUGAGCUGGGUGUUUACUGAAUUGUAGAACGGAGGACUGCCUGCAGGGUGACAGGAUGCUAUGAACUCUGCAACACUCGACCAUAAAAAUGUAAGAGCAACUGUAUGGGAACAGACCAAAGGUCCACGUAGAGCACACCUUGCUUCAUGCAGCGGCCAUACCAAAUCCCCCAGGACGCCUAUGAGCAAAGUACAGAAGAAGAAGAAGACUGCAGAUUUAUACCCCGCCCUUCUCUCUGAAUCAGAGACUCAGAGUGGCUUACAAUCUCUUAUAUCUUCUCCCCCCACAACAGACACCCUGUGAGGCAGGUGGGGCUGAGAGAGCUCUCCCAGAAGCUGCCCUUUCAAGGACAGAAGCUCAGAGAGACCUACAGUCUCCUUUCUCUUCCUCCCCUACAACACACACCUUGUAAGGUAGGUGGGGUUGAGAGAGCUCUCCCAGAAGCUGCCCUUUCAAGGACAGAGGCUCAGAGUGGCCUACAAUCUCCUUUCCCUUCCUCCCCCACAAGAGAUACCCUGUGAGGCGGGUGGGGCUGAGAGAGCACUCCCAGAAGCUGCACUUUCAAGGAUAGAGUUCCAGAGCAGCCUACAAUCUCCUUUCUCUUCCUCCCCCACAACAGACACCCUGUGAGGCAGGUGGGGCUGAGAGAGCUCUCCCAGAAGCUGCCCUUUCAAGGACAGAGUCUCAGAGCGGCCUGCAAUCUCUUUUCCCUUCCUCCCCCACAAAAGAUACCCUGUGAGGUAGGUGGGGCUGAGAGAGCUCUCCCAGAAGCUGCCCCUUCAAGGACAGAGUCUCAGAGCGGCCUACAAUCUCCUUUCCCUUCCUCCCCCACAACAGACACCCUGUGAGGUGUGUGGGGCUGAGAGAGCUCUCCCAGAAGCUGCCCUUUCAAGGACAAAUCCUACAAAAGCUAUGGCUGACCCAAGGCCAUUCAGCAGCUGCAGGUGAAGAAGUGGGGGAAUCAAACCCAUUCUCCCAGAUAAGAGUCCACACACUUAACCACUGCCCAGGGGAUGCCAACGGUAGCUCUCCAGAUGUUUUUUGCCUACAACCAGCAUCAGCCCCAGCCAGCAUGGCCAAUGGCUGGGGCUGAUGGGAGUUGUAGGCAAAAAACAUCUGGAGAGCUACUGUCAGCCACCCCUGCACUACAUCAAAGUGGCUCUUUCCUCUGUUGUUCCCCCGCAACUGGACUUCUGGUUUCUAUUUAGCCACCCUGCUUAGGAGCUGUUGAUGAACUUCUGUAAUUUAUCUUGUUCCUUGGACCUGAUAAGAGACUCUCGUGGAAGAAGGCUGGAAAUGAGAUGCUCUGCCUUCCAUGUGUUCUAUCGCGUAUGGGACUCUGUCUUUCUUCCCUUUGUAAGACGAGCCCUGCUGGAUCAGAACAGUGCAUCAGAUAGUCCAGCAUCCUGUCUCACACAGUGGGGCCAAGCUGUACUCGUGGGGGUCCUGAUCUUGCCUCCUGGCACUGGGAUUCACAGGUUGACUGCCUCUAAAUGUGGAGGUUCCCUUUAGCUACCAGGGCUAAUAGCCAGGGAUAGACCUAUCCUCCGUCAAUCUGUCCCGUCCCCUUUUAAAGCUGUCCGUGACUGCAGCAUAGAUAUUCCAUCAUAAAAACGUGCUUUCCUGUAUAUAAAA